UGUUUUACAAGAGAAACACACCCUUCAGUUUCAUCAUAUCAUCCCUAACAACAGCUGUAGAGUUGGAUGGAGGAUGAAGACAGCAGAGAGAGCAAAAGAAACAGCUUGCUUUCAGUUGAACUUUUGCAAAGCUGAGAAGAUUUUCACUGCGAUCACAUUAAGUCCAAAGAUGUUUAAACUUCUUUUUCACAGAAAGAAAUCACACAAACAAAACGUGGCAGAGAAGGAAAUUCCUUCUACGUCUCAUCAGAGCAUCCCGGAUGCUUCUGUUGCUGCCACACCAACUAACCCUGAAAAUGGUAAAAAGAAGAAGAAGAAGAAGAGAAAAUGGAGACACUUCUUCUGCUGUUCCUCGCAAACUGACAGCGAUUCAGAGGCAGAGACCACCACUGUAAAGACACAAAAAAAGUCUCGCUGGUCUCUUUUUAAAUUCUGGAAGAGAAAAAGGCAGGUUGCUUCUGAAACGACAGGGGAACCUGAUAAAAUGAGUGACAGCAGCACAGGUAAGGAAUGUGGUGAAAGUUCCCAUCAGGUAAAAAACACCACUGAAAAGAUCCCAGCAGACCUGAGUUGGGACACUUUGAUUAUGGAGCUUCUGGACCAAGAGAGUGGAUGGGAGCAUGUGUUUAACAGUGGAGUCUGCGGUGGAAAAACAAUAGAAAAUCAAAUUGAGACUACAGACUGCUUCGGGUUUCCAAACAUCGGAAACACGUGCUACAUGAACUCCUGCCUGCAGAGCCUCCUCAACAUUGAGGACUUCAUUAGAGACAUCAGCCGUCAGGAGGUUUUGUGGAGCGCAGUCCCAGAAGCUCAGCUCUUAAGAAGGCUCACUGACAUCAGGGACUGUCACGAGUCAACAGAUUAUGGCCUUAAAGAUCACCACCUGAGAUCUUUUAAGAAGGCAUUCAGCAAUCAAGCUCCUGAAUACACAGGCAGCGCACAGAAAGAUGCUCAUGAAUUCCUAACAUUGUUCCUCAAUGAGGUCAAAAGGCUCUCACCUCACCUGAAGAGGAACGCAGCUCUCCUGGGCCAAAGUUAUACCUGCCCAGUAGAAGACCAUCACGUUUUCAAAAUGGAAAACAUGAGGACAUGCAAGGGCUGCGGUCACCAAUCAUCACAGCAAGAGGAAUUCACCAGCUUGUCUCUUGACCUGGUUCCAGAGGGGUCUGUUGAGGACAUGUUAGAGACAUACUUGAAGGAACAAGAAAUAGAAUUUCGCUGUGAUUGUGGAGGGACGACCUCAGAACUGAAGUCGUCUUUUGAUACACUGCCAAGAGUUCUCAUCUUGCACCUGAAGAGGUUUGGCUUUACACAAACCUACAAGAUUCAGAAGGUGGAUGACCCCGUCAGGCUGCAGAGGGACUUGGUGGUGCCAUCCAAUCAGGGUGGUGGCUGUUACAGUCUUGUCAGCAUCAUCAGUCAUUAUGGAGGCACAGAAUCAGGACACUACAUCUGUAAUUCUGUCCAUCCUGAGGAGAGUCCAUACUCUACAUCAGAUAAUUGGCUCACCUAUAAUGACGCACAGGUGCUCCACACAACUGGAUCUGCAGCUUGUGAAGAACAGCAGAACUCGGCCUACAUCCUGUUUUACAAGAGAAACUUCUGAAGCAGGAUAUGGAAGGAAGUUAAGGUCAUCAUCAUGCUGAGAAGGAACAACAGUCGUCCCAGCCCACCAUCGCAGACUGCAGGUAAGUAUUGGCCUUAGGAGGAAGGGUCCUCCCAGAGAGCCUGGUUCCUCCCAAGAUUUCUUCCUCCAGGAGGGAGUUUUUUCUUGCCACCGUCGCCCCACAUUCACUGGUCUCAUCAGCAGAGACAUUUUUAACCUCCUAAGACCUGAACUCUUUCAUGGCAUGCAUUUUUAAUUUCUCUGUGCCAUUUGGGUUGAUUGGGACCUGAUGACUGCUUCUCAAAACAUGAGAUCCACAUAUGAGGACAUUCAUUUUAAAUUUCGAUUGAACAGUGGCAGUGUAAUGUCCUCCUAAAUGGAUAUCAGGUCUUUGAAAUGGAUCCCAUUAAGAAGAAGGCUAAAGAGAGGAUGGUGAAAUCAACCAGCAGCGUCAUUCAUCAGUCAAUCAGAUAAUUUGUUUCAAUGAGGUUUUAAAUCUAUGAGUUAUGUUUGAGUUAUCUGAAUUUUUUGUAUUUUGGUCUAAACAACCCAAAAUGUGAUGUCCACAUAUGUGGACACCAGGUCCUAGGAGGUUAAAAGAAACUCUACUAGUAGUGCACCACUACUAGAGACAGUCCUUUUGUGGACCAGUGUUUGGCUUGCUCUCUGGGAACAACAAAAAAUUAAACAAAUAAAUUAAUAAUAAAAUCAGUGCUGUCAGUGUUAAUCUCGUUAAAAUGAGAUUAACACUGACAGCACUAAAUAAAAUAAAAUAA